AAGGUUAACCUGUCUGCCCGGGCGCGUGACGUAGUCAGUGGCGUUACCGGGCUGUUCGGGGAAGCUCGGUAGGACCCGUGCCGUUUUAUCCACGCGUGAGCGGGCGCUCAUGCUCGCCCAAGAAAAUCAAUCACAUGGAAGCACGCACGCAAAUAUGCAGGGGUUUGUUGUUGUUUUUUUAAUACAAAAUGCAACGGCAAUGACGAGGGCUCCGUUACCGUCGCACUGUUCAUCAUAAACCACGACGCGCCCGUUUCGUCCGGAUCCAAUGGAGGGAGCUUCGAAGCUUGUGGAGGACGGAGGCAGUUCAACGUCCACCGGGGCGACUGAUGAGACCGAGUCUGUCGUGGGAGUCGGAUGUGGGACCGAAGACAUCGGUGUGAAGAAAGCCUUCAUAACCGAGAUGCCGUCCUCAUCCAGCCAGUCAGGUUCUGGCCCUGAGAAGAAGAUUGGCCACAGGAGGGUGGAUGCAUCAGGGGAGACCACCUACAAAAAGACGACCUCCUCAGCUCUGAAGGGCGCCAUCCAGCUGGGCAUCGGGUACACGGUGGGCAACCUAAGCUCCAAGCCCGAGAGGGACGUGCUCAUGCAAGACUUCUAUGUGGUGGAGAGCAUCUUCUUUCCUAGUGAGGGCAGCAAUCUGACCCCUGCGCACCACUUCCCGGACUUCCGCUUUAAGACCUACGCUCCUGUGGCUUUCCGCUACUUCAGAGAGCUGUUCGGGAUCCGCCCUGACGACUACCUGUACUCUUUGUGUAAUGAGCCCCUGAUUGAGCUCUCCAACCCUGGGGCCAGCGGCUCCAUCUUCUACGUCACCCGCGACGACGAGUUCAUCCUCAAAACCGUCCAGCACAAGGAGGCAGAGUUUCUACAGAAACUACUUCCUGGGUACUACAUGAACCUGAACCAGAAUCCUCGAACCCUCCUGCCCAAGUUUUUCGGGCUGUACUGCGUGCAGUCCGGCGGGAAGAACAUCCGUAUCGUGGUGAUGAACAACGUGCUGCCACGCGUCUUCCGCAUGCACCUCAAGUUCGACCUGAAGGGCUCCACGUACAAGCGCCGCGCCUCCAAGAAGGAGCGCGAGAAAACCAAGCCCACCUUCAAAGAUCUGGACUUCAUGCAGGAGGUUCCUGACGGACUCCUGCUGGACAUGGACACUUUCACUGCUCUGGUCAAGACACUGCAGAGGGACUGCCUGGUGCUGGAGAGCUUCAAGAUCAUGGACUACAGCCUCCUGCUGGGGGUGCACAACAUGGAGCAGGCGGAGCGCGACCAGCAGGCCGAGGGCUCGCAGGGCGGCGGCGAUGAGAAGAGGCCCGCCCAGCAGAGGGCGCUCUACUCCACCGCUAUGGAGUCUAUCCGGGGCGGAGCCACCUGUGGGGACUCCAUCGAUGCGGAUGACACAAUGGGGGGGAUCCCUGCAGUCAGUGGGAAGGGUGAGAGGCUUCUGCUCUUCAUUGGCAUCAUAGACAUCCUGCAGUCAUACAGGCUCAUCAAGAAGCUGGAGCACACGUGGAAGGCCCUCGUCCACGACGGGGACACGGUAUCGGUGCACAGGCCAAACUUCUACGCUGACAGGUUCUUCAAGUUCAUGAGCACCACAGUGUUCAAGAAGAGCUCCUCUCUGAAGUCCUCUCCAUCCAAGAAGGGCCGGUACGCCAUGUUCAUGGCCAAGCCUGGAGGCCCCGGGCCGGCCUGGUCCGCCUGCCAGCUCCCUUCAGAGAGAGACCAGAACAUCUACGACCUGAGAGGAGCUCACAGCUUCCCUGUGUUGGAGAAUGACGGUUUGCAUCCCUGUACCCCUCCGUCGUUCGAGGAGGCAACCACAGCUUCUGUUGCCACCACACUCUCCUCCACCACGUCUAUAGCAGUACCUGAGCGCUCACCGUCAGACACCGCAGAGCACCUGCGUUACCGUAGGCUAACCUCAACUCUCAAAGACAGUGACGGAAGGGUGGUUGACAUCCACGAGGAAGACCAGCAGACUAUCACUGUGCAGGUGGAGGUGAAAAGAGAGAGGAAUGAGGAGGACACGAAAAUGACGUCCCCUUUACCUUCUUCACAGACCAGAGCCUGCGUCCGUGUUCCUGCACGCAGACGGGGAGAGGUCGGAGUCGCUGCCUUUCCAAAAAUCCGCGAGACCGAGAUCCUGGAUGACAUCAUCUCGGAGACGACAGCGGAUACCAGCCGUCUGGAGGCGGUCACCCAGCCGGUGGCCCUAAAGCCGGCAACCUCGGGCUCGGACGUCCCCUCCCGCAUGUCUCUUGGGGAGCGUCCCAAGCCGGGCAGGCAACUCUCCGGCUGCCAGGGCUCUCUGGAAGAAGAGGUGGAGGCCUUCACCGAUAUAUUCUUCCAGCCUCAAGAGGACAGGAGCUGGGUGUACUCCCCGCUGCAUUACGGCUCAGAGUCUCGGCCUGUCUCUGAUGGCGAGAGAGAGACAUGAACUCUGUGCAGUGCGAGAGCUCCUGCAUAUGGCCUGCCCUGUGUUCGUCGGAGCUGCUUUCCAACCGAAGCGCGGACGCCGGGCACCCACCUCCCCCUGCCCACGUGAGCCAAGCAGCUUGGCCCUGCUCUGCCGAGCAUCAUGGGAAAAGAGGAAUUUUUUCAUAAAGCUAAGGGGAAGGGAAAAAAAAAAGAAAACAUCUGGCAGACCAUCACCCAUCAUCUCCCCCGCUCCUCCUCAUCUGUGGGCAGUGCUGCAUUUAUCCGUCUCGGAUCAAGCGAACGCAAGAGGUUCCCGCGACAUGCGUGCAUGACUCCUCAAAGCCCGCAGAGAAACGCAUGGUGCAGAGGACCCAUGAUGCAGUGCGACCAUCACUACGACUGCCCUUUAGUCAUUCCACUGCCCAGACAUGACCAUUUCAUCCACCUUGACAACGAGACUGUAUCUGUGGCAGGUUGAUUUUUCCAUGAUAUUGUUCUGUAGAUGUCUGCCAGUUGGGCAGUGUGCUCUUUCACAUGUACUUAAACAUAUCACUGAAAGGCAGCCCUGGCCAGAAGACAUCACUUUAAUGACUGUUUCAGGUUUCAAUAUGUAAUUUUCUGCAUAUCAAAUAACAAAGGGCACUGGUGUCACUACUGUGUCACAAUAAGAUCAAUAUUAGAAGAAACACACAUCUACUGUAAUAUACAAAAGUUAAUAAAAUGUGUCUCUUCUUUUUCUGUUACUUUUUUAUUUAUAAAUUAUUUAGCUUGAGGAGAUCUGUAGUUGUAUUUUUUUUAGUUGUAACAGUUUUAAAUUUCAUUAUAUAAGAAUUUGACUAGAAUUGGUUGGGUCAUACUGUAUGUUGACUCCUACUGUACUAGACAAAUGUUUUUUGUUUGUUUUGUGUAAUAAGAAUAUGAGAUCCUACGUCUUAAAUUCUGUUUUAAAAGGUAAACUUAUUCAUGGUCUUACUGCCAUGCUGUGUAUCUGUGUGAUGGGGGUGCAAAAAGUGUGUGUGUGUGUGUGUGUGUGAGUGUGAGUGUGAGUUAUUAAAAUGUAUUACAGUCUACAGAUAUACAACUGCUUUUUAGUUGUUUUAAACUGUUUCCAGUUAUAUUUUUAAUGCUUUUGUUUUAUGAAAAAUAAGAUGUACAAUUUAUUUAUUAUCUUUUAUUAACAUUUAUGUGAUGGAAGUCUAUGUCUGCUUUAUAGUUUUUUAAAAUGUAUUUUAUAUGUUCAUUUGUUCGUGUUGAUUACAAUGUCUUGUCCACCUGUGGCAUUCAGUCUUGGAAUGACGCUUCCCAGUCACUUAAUGCAAAAUAGAAAUUGGAUCCUUUAUGUUGUUUACCUUGGUGUAGCAGUAUGAUCCAGAGUCAUUAUCCAGUACGCGAUUGCCUUAUUCGGGUAAAUCAAAUGUUGAUACGUUUUCCAGUCUGAUCAUGGUCAACGCUUUUGUUUUUCCCAAAAUGCAACGGAGGAACUUGUGUUGUAGCUACUACGUACAUAUGUACCGAACUGUAUGAUGUAUGUUUUAAUUGAUAAGGGGCUUUAUUAUUUUUGAUUGCAUGUGAAAACAUAGAUUAGUAGGACGGGAAGGGCGUAAUGGUUCGUUCUUGUCCUGUAUUCCAGACUGCUUUAGCUGUUCUAACGUCUGGUGCAAAGCUGUAAUGUUUGGAGAAAAAGUCAAUAAUCUGUGUGGGAGUGUGUAUGCAUGCGAGUUUGCUAUGGUGAGUGCGCGCGGGCGUGGACAUGUAUUGUUAGCUUUGUAGAAAAAUCUGUGCUUUACUUUGACUUUCUCUCCAACAGUCUAUUUUCCUGAAAGGCAUUGCAUGUACUCCGUACCAAGAAACACUGAUGAAAUAUUCAUCUGUAACCAUCUGUGUCCAUCUCUUUAAAGGGAUAAGUUGAUGGCCAGUGUGUUGAACAGAUAAGAUAUAGUGUGAAAAUGAAACAUAAAAUAAAAUUACAUUUGAAAAAUAA